AUGGAAAUAAAUAAUGGUAUAAUUCAUAUAAAUUAUAACGUUUUUAAAGAGGGAACAGAUAAUAAUAGUAAUUCAAACAAUAAUAAUAAUAUUAAUAAAAAAAAUAAUAAUAAUAAUAUUGAAAUAAAUAAUAAUAAUUUUUUAAAUUGGAAAAAUGGAUUUAUAAAGAAUGAUAGUUUUGAAAAAAGAAAACAUUUUAAAAUCUUAAAAAAAAGAUUACUAUUUGAAGCAAAAGAGAGAUUAAUUGAAGAAAAGAAAAGACAACAACAAGUUUUAUUAAAUAUUGAUCAAUUACAAACCACUACCACUUCAACAACUGAAGGUGGUGUUGUUACAGUUGGUAAUUGUGAUGACCAACAACAACAACUACUACAAAUACAACAACAACAACAUUCUGAUAGAUCAAAUAGUUGGAAUGACGCAUGGCAUAAUAGUGGUUCAUGUACAAAGAAAACAAUAAUUGAUACAAAGUAUAGAUUAUCAUCACAAAAAAGAACAAUCUCUUUAAAUUUAAUUGAUACAAAUUUUAUAAAUAGUAGUUUAAGUAAUAGUGCAACCAAUAGUACUUGUAAUAGUACAAUAUCAACUAGUAGAAGUCAAUUAUCUGCCAGAACAAAUAUAUUUAGUAGUGGUACAAAUCUUUAUAGUUAUAUAUCAAAUAGUGUAAAUUGUGAUAAUAAAAUGUGUUUAAAAAUGAUUUCACCAAGAGAAUAUAUCAUUUAUAGUAUUUACGUUCCACCACCAACUCCACCAACACCAACCUCUACUCCAACUCCAACUCCAUCUUUAUUAUCACAACAAUUUAUACCAUCACCAAGACCAAUUUCAAUAAAACAAUCAAUUGAAAAAGAAAAAGAAAAAGAAAAAGAAUUAAAAAAAGAAAAUGAAAAUGAAAAUAAUAAAUUUAAACAAGAAAAUCAAACAAAUUGUAAUAAUAAUAAUAAUAACAAUAAUAAUAAUAAUAAUAAUAAUAAUAAUAAUAAUAAUAAUGAUGAUGAUGAUGAUGGUGUUUUAGCAUCAAAUGCAUCAACAACACCAACAGCUCCACUAUCACCAACUUCGACUGCAUCAUCAACUCCUUCAUUGAGUCAAUCUACAAAUAGUAUGUUAGAAAUGUUAUCAACACCAAAUAUUACUACAACAACUUUAACAAGUGCAGUAAAAUCAUUAACAAUUACAACACCAAAAUUAUCAACAACCAUUGUAACCACAACAACAACAGCAACUACUACUACUACUACUACUUCAACAACAACAACAACAAAUACAAUAUCAAAUCAAUCAUCAUCAUCAUCAUUAUCAUCAUCAUCAUCAGAAUCAAAUGAAGAAAAAUUACCAGAAAUACCAACUACUGUUACAACAUUAUUAAUGGAUAAAGGAUUUAAUUUAACAAUACCACCAGGUUUAAUUCCAAAUAGUGUUAGAUAUAUUAAAUUUGGUGAUUCAUUUGAUAAGGCAUUAGAACCAGGAUCAAUACCAGAGGGUGUUGAAAAGUUAGUGUUGGGGUCAUCAUUUAAUAAAUAUUUAAAACCUGGAAUUUUACCACAAUCAAUAAAGAUAUUGGAUAUGGGUCAUUUAUUAGUUAAUGGAUAUGCAGCACCAAUAAUACCAGGUUCAAUACCUGAUAGUGUAGAAGAACUUUAUUUUUCAAAUUCAUUCAAUCAACCUUUAAAGCCUGGUUGUAUUCCAAAUUCAGUAAAUGUUUUAAAAUUUGGUAGAAAUUUAAAUCAGCCCCUUCAAGAGGGAUCAAUACCUUCUUCAGUAAAGAUACUUCAUUUCGGUUGUUCAUAUGAUCAUCUAUUAGAGUUUGGUACAAUUCCAAGAUCUGUAAAGGAAUUGGUAUUUGGUGACUCAUUCAAUCAACCUCUAUCACCCGGUGAUAUUCCAUUGACAGUUGAAUCGUUAACAUUUGGUGAUUCAUUCAAUCAAACAAUAACGCCUGGUUGUAUUCCAGAGUCUGUUGUAUUUUUAAAAUUUGGUAAAGGUUAUAACCGUCCUUUCUUACAAGGCUCAAUUCCAUUAACUGUUGAUACCUUAAUUUUAAAUGAAAUUUAUUGUCAUCCUAUUAAAACCGAAUUCAUACCAUUUGUUAAAACUUUAGAACCUCCAUCCAUUAAAAAGUUAGUAACUGAACCAUGUAGUAAUUUAAAUAAUAGCAGAGAUGGUGGUAGAUUAUCUUUUCCAUUAUUAGACUAUUAUAGAAUAAAAAUAAAAAAUUUAAAAUAA